AUGUUUACAAAAAUAAUUUCGCAAUCUUGUCCUGCACCAAAACCAAAUAUGUUGAAUUUGCACAUAGUUGCACAUUCUCAUGAUGACGUUGGGUGGGUAAAAACUGUAGAUGAAUACUACGAUGAUAGUAAGUAAAAGCAAAUGAAAAUUUAUGGUGUUGAAAAUAUAAUCAAUACUGUAGUUGAUGCCCUACUUCAAGAUAAAAAUAAAAAAUUUAUUUAUGUUGAAACAGCGUUCUUGUGGAAAUGGUGGAAAGAACAAACUGAAGACAGGCGCCUUGAAUUAAAACAAUUGAUUGACAGUGGGCAAUUAGAAAUUAUUGGUGGAGCUUGGAGUAUGAACGAUGAAGCAACCAGUCAUUAUCAUUCAAUUAUAGAUCAAUUUACAUGGGGCUUAAGGCGGCUAAAUGAUACUUUUGGAAAAUGUGCCCGUCCAAAAAUUGGCUGGCAAAUUGAUCCGUUUGGUCACAGUAGGGAAAUGGCUUCUAUUUUUGCACAACUAGGUUUUGAUGGUCUAUUUAUUGGACGAUUAGAUUAUCAAGAUAAAGAGGAAAGAUUACUUGAAAGAACACUAGAAAUGAUAUGGCGUGGCAGUCCAAAUUUAGGUGCCGCUUCAGAUUUGUUUACAGGAGUUUUAUAUAAUGGUUAUAGUCCCCCGCCUGGUUUCUGUAUGGAUAAUGUUUGUUCUGACCGCAUUAUCGAUGAUGUUAAUUCUUCUCGUUAUAAUGCCGAUAUCAAAGUCAAGGAAUUUAUUAUUUAUGCAAAAGAUCAAGCAAGUUAUUAUAAAACCAAUAACAUAAUACUAACAAUGGGUGGUGAUUUUACUUACUCUAAUGCACAUAUAUACUACGAAAAUUUGGAUAAAUUGAUAAGGCACAUAAAUGAAUUACAAGAAAACGGCAGUUAUGUAAAUGCCUUUUAUUCAACACCAUCAUGUUAUUUAAAAUCAUUAAAUGAUGCAAACGAAACAUGGCCAAUAAAAACUGAUGAUUUUUUCCCAUAUGCAUCAAAUACACAUGCAUUUUGGACUGGAUAUUUUACUUCACGCCCCACAGUAAAAUUUAUUGAACGUCAGGGGAAUAAUAUGUUACAGGUAUGCAAACAAUUGGCUACACUUACUCCAAAUAACAAUGCUGUGAUCCCACCGGAUGAACUUGAAGGUCUUAUUGCAUUACGUGAAGCAAUGGGGGUGAUGCAACAUCAUGAUGCGAUUACUGGUACUGAGAAACAAUAUGUGGCAAAUGAUUAUAUACAAAUUUUAACGCAAGCUCUAAAUCAAUGUAACGAUAUCGUUACAGACAGUUUAAAUUUAUUAUUAACAUCGAAAUCUUCAUUUUCACAACAAUUAUCCUUAACACAAUGUGCUUUGAACAUCAGUCAGUGCGAUGUCAGUGAACGUUCUGAAAAAUUUGCAGUUGUUGUUUAUAAUCCAAGCAGUCAAUACAUCAAUAAAUAUAUUCGUGUCCCAAUUGUUGGAAAAAAUAAUUAUAGUGUUAGAGAUCCGAAUGGGUACAAUCUCAAAACUCAAAUAGUUCCACUUCCACUUGGUGUAAUUAAUCUUCCUGGUAGAUCCAGCUUGGCCACUCAUGAAUUAGUAUUCUUGGCAUCAAACAUACCGCCUUUGGGGUAUAAAUCUUAUUACAUACAAUUCGAAAAAACCCGAUCUUCGCCGCAGAGUCAACGAAGUCAUGAUAAAGAUAUGGGUAAUGAAGAAAUUAAACUAUCAUUAAAUAAUGGAGAAAUCACUAAAAUUAAAACAUCUGAAUUGGAAUUGAAAUUCAGUCAAGCAUAUAUGUAUUACGAAAGUGCUGUCGGUAAUAAUGCAGUCCCAGAGGGACGUUCAUCUGGUGCUUAUAUAUUUCGUCCAAACAGCUCAGCUCAGUCAUUCGAUAUUGUAGAAUCUACUUUAUAUAAAGGUCCACUUGUUGAAGAGCUACAUCAAGUUAUUAAUUCUUGGAUAAGCAAUGUAGUACGUGUUUAUCAAAAUACAAAACAUGUUGAAUUUGAUUGGGUUAUUGGACCUAUUCCAAUCAAUGAUCGGAAAGGUAAAGAAGUUAUAAGCAAAUUCAAAACAGAUCUUGAUACAAAGGGUGUAUUCUAUACUGAUUCAAAUGGUCGUGAAUUAUUACGGCGUCAAAGAAACAAACGCGAAACAUGGGAUGUAGAAUUAUUUGAAUUAAUUGCUGGCAAUUAUUAUCCCGUUACAUCUCGUAUUGUUUUAACUGAAAACAAAACAAAUUAUAGAUUUACUGUUGUAAAUGAUCGUGCUCAAGGUGGUUCUAGUAUCGAUGAUGGUGACGUGGAAUUAAUGAUACAUCGUAGAUUAUUACGCGAUGAUUCUUUUGGUGUGGGUGAGGCGUUAAAUGAAAUGGAAUUCGGUGAUGGUUUAGUAGUUAGGGGCACUCAUUAUGUCUUAAUUGGGCAAGAUUCAUCUAUUACCAGAGCGGCCGAAGAUCGUAUAUUUGCUGCACAAAAUGUCUUAGCACCUGUAAUAUAUUUUUCAAAUUUGGAUUAUGUAACACGAGAAGAAUUUGAAGAAAAUAUUUUAACACAAUUUAAUGGAUUAUCUGAAGAAGGAACUUCGCUACCACCUAAUGUAAAAAUUUUAACUUUGGAACCAUGGAAAAAUAGAGCCGUAUUAUUACGUUUAGAACACAUUUUAGAAGAACAUGAAGAUCCUAUUCUUUCCAAACCGUCAUGUAUUAAUAUUCAGGAUUUAUUUACAACAUUUCAAGUGGUUGAUGUUCAAGAAACAACGUUAGGUGCAAAUCAAUUACUUUCUGAAGUUAAUCGAUUAAAAUGGAAAUCAACGUUUAAUGACACAUUAGAAAAUACCAAAAAACACAAAUAUACCAAAUUCGAUGGAAAUCAAUUUGAAGAAUUAUAUUUCAAUGCAAAUAGAAAUUUUAAAUUUAGGAAGCAGAGUAAACUUCUAAUUGAACCAGAAGUCUGA